CUUUUCUUGUGGAUAAUAUUGACACUGGUUUGAUCAGGUCAAUUUUGAUGAUACUUUUUGUUUAACGGAAUUUAAAAAGAAAAGUUUUGAAUAUUCUCUCUAUUGAAUAGAUUUGAUUGCCUCUUUACGACCUUAAAAGUUUGACGAUUUUGGAUUCUGUUUUCUUUAUAAUUGCCUUUUCACGAUGUCUUCUAUGAUUACAACUACCUCCUGGGUGCGACGGGGUGUCGCUGCCCAGAUGCCGACUAAGUAUGAGAUUGAUGAAGAGGAGAUGAAUCGGAUUUCGACUCUCGCGAAGAUGCAGCUUGAGGAUGCUCAGAGUGAUCUGAAGGCUGCUCAGGAUGGGGACGAGGAUGAGGGUGAUGAUGAUGAGGCUAUGGAGGAGGAUGACAAGAAGGAUGUGAUGGAGGAGGAUCCGGGGAAGAAGACCGAGGCGGCCACUGCUGAUGACGACGACUUGAAGGAAUACGAUCUCGACCAUUACGACAGUGAUGAGGUCGACGAGGAUGGCGAGAAGACUACCAUGUUCGGCAAUGUCAAGUCGCUUGCUUACCAUCAGCCUAACGAGGAGGAUCCGUACCUGGUAAUGCCACCGGAGGAGGACGAUGAAGAGAGAGAGGAACUGCAGAUUCUUCCAACCGAUAACUUAGUGCUUGCGGGCAAGGUGGAGGAUGAAGUCGCGCAUCUCGAGGUCUACGUCUACGAGGACCAGGACGCCAAUCUCUACGUGCACCAUGACAUCAUGCUGCCCGCCAUUCCUCUCUGCACUGAAUGGUUGGACAUGCCCGUUGGAAAGACCGCCGAGGGCCGCACUACAGGAAACUUCGUGGCCGUUGGAACGAUGGAGCCUGAUAUCGAGAUCUGGGAUCUCGAUAUUGUGGACUGCAUGUACCCCAACGCUAUCCUCGGCCAGGGUGGUGAAGGUGAAGCCAAGAAGCCAAAGAAGAAGAAGACCAAGGCGAACGACGAGUUCCACGUCGACGCGGUGCUCGCGUUGGCCGCGAACCGGCAACAUCGCAACCUCCUUGCCUCUGCCUCGGCCGAUCGAACGGUUAAACUUUGGGAUCUCAACACCACUAAAUGCGCCAAGUCCUACACCCACCACACCGACAAGGUGUGCUCCUUGGACUGGCACCCGAAGGAAUCUACCGUCUUGCUGAGUGGCAGCUACGACCGCACUGUGGUGGCCGCGGAUAUGAGAGCCCCCGACUCCAAGGCCCGGUGGGGUGUAGACACAGACGUCGAGAACGUGCGCUGGGAUACACACGAUCCCAACUACUUCUACGUGACGACGGAUGGCGGUAUGGUCUAUCGCUACGAUGUGCGAAACGUCCCCGCCAACCCUAAGGAUUCGAAACCCGUGUGGUCCCUGCAGGCGCACGACGACUCGGUGUCAGCUUUCGACAUUAACUCCUCCAUCCCGGGCUUCCUGGUCACUGGUAGCACAGACAAGCAGGUCAAACUGUGGAACGUCGAGAACGACAAGCCUAGCAUGGUCGUCUCACGCAAGCUGGAAGUGGGCAAAGUUUUCUCGACUACAUUCGCCCCCGAUCCGGAGGUCAGCUUCCGACUGGCCGUAGCCGGCAGCAAGGGCGUUGUGCAGAUCUGGGACACUUCCACCAACGCCGCAGUCCGCCGGGCUUUCGUGUCGCGGAUGCCCAGUCUGGAAGGUGAGGUGCAGGAGCGCACAGUCGGUGUGCAGGCGGACCAGAAUGAGUCAGAUGAAGAAGAUGCCGCCCAGGAGGUUGGUGUGGCCGCCGGUGGUGCGGAUGGCUGGGAGUCGAUGGACGAAGACUGAGGUCCUAGAAACGGGGAAAGAUAUCCUAAGCAAGGAGCCUAUUGUGUGCACAUUACGUCAGUGUAGAAAGCUUCUUUGUCCGUUCUGUGUGUAUAGUCCUGUUUGCCUUCCGUCUGGCAUGCAAUGAAAACGUUGAUACCCAGUUUGGUUUAAAUUGCAACUGAAUGGUGAUCGAAAUUGGGAACGGAGGACAUGUCCGUACACGGCAAUGAUCGACCAGAUCCUGGUCGAAAACGGUCCUAGUGUGAAACGGCUCGUCUGGCCAAUCAGAUCCGCUUUUUAAUUUGGAGAUACAAUUUUCCAGAGUAAAGCCGACAAUAAGUUACUUAAGUUAACCCGGGAAUUGGCGAUGGAUGUCACGGUGUCGCUUAGCGAUGGGGAGAGG